AUGUUGGAAGUGGCUGCCCGUUUGUGGGAUGCGCACACAACCAAAUCUGGAUGCGACUGGGACCUGAUGGAUGGUUACGAAGAUCGCGAAAACGUUCUGGAGGCGGCGCUGGACAUACUAUGGGGCGCGAAGGCCUUGGUGGUGGAUGAAGAGGCAGAGUUGCGUCAGCGACGAGGCAAGCUGGAUGUCGCAGACGUGGCGUAUUUGCGCUGCUUGAUGCGGAGAUAUGGUUGGGAGAGAUCUGCGGGAGGAGUGGAGGUUCCCCAUGUCAAUGAUCCGCUCGCCUCGGCAAAGUUUCCGAUGUACGCGGAGGUGACAGCCUUCCAGCGGCAGUCUGAGAGAACAGAGGCCUUGCGCAGAGAGGUCUCAACCUUGAGACAGAUGGUUGAUACAUCUGCAGCAAACUUCAAGCGGGUGGCGGAGGAUUCAGCUUCCUUUGCCAUGGAGAAAGUGGAAGCUUCGUUGCGCCUGUCUCAAUUGGAGCAGCUUAAGGAAAUGAAAGCCUUGCUUGAGCAAGCUUUGGACCAGCGAGAGCAUUUGGCUUCGUUGGCGCGCGACGCGAUGGAGCAGCGCCUUCAUCACGAACUUCAGCACGUUUCUGAGGUGAUGAACGCGAACAUUCAAGCUUUGCAAGAAGCUGUGGCCAAGAAUGAUCAAAAGACCGUGGAAGAGGCAGUCAUUUUGUUGCUUUGGCGCACUGAGUACUAA